GUUAUUUUAAAAUAUACCGUUAUCUGAAAGAAUGUGAUAGUAACGUAAAGCUGAAUGCCUUCCCUGUGAAGCGCUAUGAGAGGGAGUUGUGCUGGGAUUGUGUAGCGCGAGCUCUUCCCUAUGCUCAGACUUGUAGCGGUAGGCGUGUCACUCAGGUAGGCGUGUCACUGUCUGUUGUAGGGGUCUCUCUCUGGUAGGCGUGGCUCUCUGGUAGGCGUGGCUCUCUGGUAGGCGUGGCUCUCUGGUAGGCGUGGCUCUCUCUGGUAGGCGUGGCUCUCUCUGGUAGGCGUGGCUCUCUCUGGUAGGCGUGUCACGCAGAAACCACUAUACAUAUACAACAUUACUCCUGUCUUCACUGCAGUGUUCCCGAAUUCUAACAUUAAUAUACAAUUCUACUGUUUAUUUCAUUUAUCUUUUACAACUAUGCAUUUCUGAUUAGUAUGUGAUGUUCUUUUAUGCAAAAAAAAAAAAAAAAUAGGCCCAUGAUGAAAUUAGAAAGGGUCCAGUAUCACCAUCGGGUGGAUAAAUAUCUUUUUUAUCUUAUUGCAGAAAAAUAAACAAAAAAGGUGGGUAGGAUAUCGGAGAAAAGAUCAGAUAUCGGAUCCUGUAACAAAUGGCAAAGAUUGGAAUUGUGUCCGGGAAUGUUUACGUAUACAAAGAAAGAAACCUUUUUUCUUUUCUUAGGAUUGAUUUUUUUGUAUUAUAUUCAUACUUUAUAUUGUAUUUGUUAUAGGAAGUAAGUUUUUACUCUUGGUAGUUUUUAAAGAAAACAGUAGAGGACGGGUAUCGGUAUCGGCUCUGGUACUCAGGGUAUCGGUAUCGGGAAAAGAAAACAAUCAGAAAAAAAAUUUGUCAUUAUUAGUCACGUAUACAUUACUGCACAGUGAAAUUCUUUUCUUCGCAUAUCCCAGCAUGUUAGGAAGUUGGGGUCAGAGCGCAGGGUCAGCCAUGAUACAGCGCCCCCUGGAGUAGAGGGGGUUAAAGGCCUUGCUCAAGGGCCCAACGGUGGCAGCUGUUCCAACAUUAAUGACAACUGAGAUCCUACAGUGUGACACGGCUUACAGCGUGGAUCAUAGCGUGCAGGAAGUAGAUGGCGAGACGGUGGGAGCUGCAGUGGAAGGUACAAUGGCGCCGUGUGAACCACACUGGGAUCAACACAUCCCCUGGCCGAAGAUCCGAGCUCUACAGUCGCGCCUGCUAGUGGCCUCCGUGGCCCUGAUUUGCUUCAUAAACAGCUACGAUGGAGACUUCGUCUUUGAUGAUUCAGAAGCUAUACUCAAUAACAAGGACCUCGACCCAGCCACUCCUCUGAGUAACAUCUGGAAAAAUGACUUCUGGGGAAGCAACCUGAGCAGCAACUCCAGCCACAAAUCCUACCGGCCGCUGACCGUUCUCACCUUCAGGCUUAACUACCUCUUGGCCGGUGGACUGCAUCCGGCGGGCUUCCACGUGCUCAAUAUCGGCCUCCACUGUGUUAUCUCUGCAUUAAUGAUUGACGUCUUCGCAAUAUUAAUCGCUGGUCUGGCCUGCGAUGGGAAAACCAAGAGCCCUCCGAAGGCAUCGGUCUUGGCUGCGCUGUUCUUUGCCGCACACCCGGUUCAUACAGAAAGUGUGGCUGGCAUCGUGGGCCGGGCAGACCUCUUGUGUGCCCUGUUUUUCCAACUCUCCUUCCUUUCGUACUGCAGAGCGUUUCAGACUGGGGACAAGACCGAGAAAUUCUCCGUGGCAUGGAUGAUGGUCAGCCUUCUGCUCUGCGCCGUGGCAAUGCUAUGUAAAGAGCAAGGCAUUACAGUUUUGGGAGUGAACGCUUCAUUCGAUAUCCUCGUGAUCUGCAACGUGAAUAUCUAUGACUUGACUCGCAGUCUCCUAGUGGCGAAAAAAGCCGCAGAUGUUAUUGAGAAGGUCAGAAAUGGACUGCUGGUCAGACUGGCCCUGCUGCUUUUGGGGGGCUCCUUGCUUUUGUUUGCAAGGUGGAGGAUUAUGGGUACAGGGCCCCCAGCCUUCACUGAAGUAGACAACCCAGCUUCCUUUGAUGAAAAUGUUUUUUUUAGGAUUGUGAACUAUAAUUACUACUACUCCUUGAAUGCAUGGCUGCUGCUGUGUCCCUGGUGGCUGUGUUUUGAUUGGUCAAUGGGCUGUGUACCUCUUAUUAAAUCAGCCGGUGACUGGAGAAUCAUCUGGCUGCUGUUGCUGUGGGCCUGCUUGAUUGGCUUGAUAAGGCAAGCUCUGUGCUCCCCAGACAGCAGCGGGAGAAGGACUCUGACGUUUGGUUUGGUGCUGCUGGUCAUCCCCUUCCUGCCAGCCAGUAAUCUGUUCUUCCGUGUUGGCUUUGUGAUCGCUGAGCGUGUGCUGUACCUCUCCACUGCUGGUUACUGCCUCAUCCUGGCCUACGCAGUGGCUCACUGCUGUUGCCGCUGGAAGAGACCCAAAAAGCUGCUGCGGGCGGCCAUGUUGGCCCUGCUGGGUGUCAAUGUGGCACGCUGCGCCUUGCGCAGUCAGCAGUGGAGGUCUGAGCAGAGCCUCUUCACCAGUGCCUUGUCUGUCUGCCCGCUCAAUGCUAAGGUUCAUUAUAACGUUGGCAAAAACCUCGCUGACCGAGGCAACCAGAGUGCUGCAAUCAAGUACUACAGGGAAGCUGUGAGGUUGCACCCGAAAUAUGUCCAUGCCAUGAACAAUCUGGGAAACAUACUGAAGGAGAGGAACGAGCUGCAGGAGGCCGAAGACAUGCUGUCUACGGCUGUUCUCAUCCAACCUGACUUUGCCGCUGCGUGGAUGAAUCUGGGAAUCGUGCAGAACAGCCUGAAGAAGUUUGAAGCGGCGGAGAAAAGCUACCGGAAUGCUAUUAAAUUCAGGAAGAAGUAUCCAGAUUGCUACUACAAUUUGGGCCGACUGUAUGCGGAUCAGAAUCGGCACGUGGAUGCUCUGAAUGCUUGGAGGAACGCCACCAUGUUGAAGCUCGAUCACAGCCUGGCAUGGAAUAACAUGGUUAUACUACUGGAUAACAUCGGCAAUUUGGCGCAAGCAGAGAUGAUAGGAAAAGAGGCUUUGAAGAUACUACCUAAAGACCACACCAUCAUGUUUUCAUUAGCCAAUGUGCUGGGGAAGCAACAGAAAUACAAGGAGUCGGAAGGUUUCUUUCUGAGCGCGCUGAAGAUCAAUCCGAAUGCCGCCAGUUGCCAUGGCAAUCUUGCUGUUCUGUACCACCGCUGGGGGAAGCUGGACUUGGCUAAGAGGCAUUAUGAGCUUGCUUUAAAACUGGAUCCCAGUGCUCCGGGGACCAAGGAAAACUACAACAUGCUGAAACGCAAGUUAGAGCAACAGCAAAGGACGGUCGGUUAAACCGGGCUUUGAUAUUAAAAGCCGUGAAUGCCACAUUUUGUAUGAAGUCCAUGCCAGGAUUGGGAUUAAAGAGACCGUCUUCGUUUAUAGCGUGUACGGUAUUUUGGACGGUAACAGUUUGUGUUACGAAUGUAAAUGAAGGCGGGUGGUGUCGACUCGGCGAUACGUGUUCGGGGGUCAGAGCUGUGGCUUUGUAGCAGAAUAAAGUUCUUCUCUUACAUGUGGCCCUUGGUGUUAAGGAAUGUGGAACAUAUCCACCAUCUUUUAUUCUUCGUCUUUCAUCUCGGACACCGUGUUAUGUCAGCUGGCCCUCUGUUUAUUAGUCUGUUUGACUUUGUAAUUGUUAAGCAUGUUACCGUUGGCCGUUGAUCAAGAAUGUGCUAGUCCUACUGACGGAUUGCGUUUUAAAACCUCAGUAAACCAAGAGUGAGUCACAUAGCUGUGAGAUUACCCUUGGUUUUUGUUUGCGUGCACGUUCCAGAGUAUCGACGGAACGCGUUGGCGAGUAUGGAUCGUAACCCUCCGUCGCCUCCGAUCCUUCUGUAGAAAAUGUAAGAAAGGUGUUUUGCAAGUGUGUAUCGUUGAUGCACAAGAGCUCAAGGGUCACCCCAAGCAGGAAGCCAGCAGCAAUGGCAGAAAAGAAAACAUCACAGCAUGGAGCAGAAGCUUCAAAGGACGCUGGACGCCAUCCCCAAGGGGCAUCUCGCACAUGCUGGCUCAUCUUGAAAGUUAGUGCUGAAGGCUGACCCCAGGACACAACUUCAGUCAACAAGUCUGCUCCUCGGUUGAAAGUUCAGCACACUUCUAUUUUUUCACCUGCUUCCUCCCACCGCUAGGGAACAUUUGAAGAGCGUCGCUGGUCCCGCGAGUACACCGUCAGAUGAGAGUUUUAGAAAGUUUGUUUUUAAGAGCGUGAACCACUGGUGUUUAAGGUACAACCUGGAAAUGGUGUCCAUGAUAAUACUGAAGGAAGUAAUGAAAUGCAUCGCUGAUAAAAUAAAACAAACAAACAAACAAAAAAAAAACGCUCGUGAGUGUAAGUCUAAUUAUACAGCAGUUAUUUCCGGGCGCUAGUUUGAUGGGCCGCUGGGACGUUUCACCGUUUGUAUCCGCUCACGUACGAUUCCACUUCCUCGUUCGAAACUGUUACCGCAGUAGUGUUAGUGACCUCAUCAGACAACAUGGCAAACAUGUUUCAUUUCUCAUUGAUAUGACGUGUUGCUUAAAAUGGGAAAACUUUCGAGCUAGCACGUUCUCCUCACACCUCCAGGGUCGGGGGUUCGACUCCCGCCGCUGCCCUGUGUGUGUGUGUGUGUGUGUGUGUGUUUGCAUGUUCUCCCCGUGCUACGCAGGUUUCCUCCGGGUACUCCGGUUUCCUCCCCCAGUCCAAAGACAUGCACGGUAGGCUGAUUGGCGUGUCUAAAGUGUCCGUAGUGUAUGACUGUGUAUGUGAGUGUGCCCUGCGAUGGAUUGGCACCCUGUCCAGGGUGUACCCCGCCUUGUACUCCAUGCUCCCUGGGAUAGGCUCCAGGUUCCCCGCGACCCUGAAGUAUAAGCGGUAUAGAAGAUGGAUGGAUGGAUGGCUGUGAUUAGCUACGGCAAAUCACAGGGACAUACGGGGCCAGUUUAUUAUCUUAUUGAAAGGUCUACCUAUACCCAAGUCUGAACAGAGAGAGGACAGGUUUUAAAAAUUUGAUAAAUUCUGGUAUUUUGUAGUCUUCACGAUCCCAUCAAGCUUCACAAGAGACCCCGAACCACCAGCUACACAUCAUCAAUGAUCCGUCGCAGUAUUUUACAGUGUGUAUCGGACACUUCUCCUUCUGUGCUCUUUUAUUCUGAUGGUGUGCGAGACCAAAAACCUCAUCUUUCUUAUCUGAUGAUGACACAUGAUGCCAGUUGUAGAUCUUAUGACACUUGCAGUACAGGUGCUAUAUUUAAUAAGAAGUGUGUUGUAAUGGAAGUAGCACUGAUCAGAUGAUCUUGAAACAUCACAAGGACAGGAGUCCUUUGGGCUUCGGGUCCAAUUCCUGGCUGUUUCAGACAUAUCAAACUUUUUAUAAUGGCCCCAAUUGUGUGUGUGUGUGUGUGUUUUUUAAAAAACAACAAGUGAUUAAGUAUAUUAUUACAGUAUAUCCAUUUCCAUGUUUAUGCAUGUCUACGACCAUCCAUCUUUUGUGAUUAUAGCUCUUUCAUGUUUUCCCAUGGUAAUGGGUGACCAAAGCAAUUUUACACAUGUGCAACCUCACCUUUAUAUCCUGGGGAAACAGGGCACGGUUAAAGGCAACAACAGAGUUCCUGGGGACUAAGAGCUAAUAAAAAAUAAUCAUUUUACUUGUUCAGAUUGUAAAAAAAAAAAAAAAAAAAAAAGUAAAUCCUUAGGGGUGUCUGUAAUUGUGACAAAAAAUACUUUUGAAUAAAAUGACGUGCUAAUUAGAAUGAUUGCUGUUAGAGCGGCGGUGAACAGUUUCUCCUAUUGCUUGAGUGGGAAUUUUGAAUGAUUGUAAGUGAUGUUUAUUUCAUACAGUCAUUUUUGCUCCUUUUUUGUGAAGGGUGCCGGUAGUUCUAGAGGGCACUGUAGAAUGUCUUUACCGUCUCGUACGGCAUUAACGUCGCUGGUGUUAGUGGCAGGUUUCAUACGUAACUGCUGCCUUUCAUCGAAAUAUGCCUUUUAGAACAAACUUUUAAAAUUGAUCUCGUUUGGUAAAAACGUAGUGGAUGUUUCUCCUCGCCCUACACGGUUCACUUCAUGUGCCAGAUCGAUGGGCGUAAUGCAGUAUUUUAUUUAAUUUUCUGUUAAUAGAAAUGACUGUCCUUGUAAGAGUAAUUGCUUUACGGUUCAGAAUUUACUCCAGUUGAAUAAAAUGAGUUUAAUAGAUUGCA